CAACGGCACCAUUGGCCAAUGAAACGCCAAUGCACUGAGAAUCUACCAAUCACCACACGCAGCGGAACAAUGGUUUCUCGGGGUGAGGCAAGCCGUAUAAAUCGCUACUUCAGUCCUUCCUUUGCGGCAAAGCUUUAUAUCGUUCGUUGGAGUUCCGCUGGACGGACUAGGUUUAGUCCGCAGUAAACAGCCGAGGUCUCAUUCGUGUGGAACGUGGUAUAAAUCGUCGAUGAAUGUUAGUGAAAAUUAACGAAGUUUGUAACAAGAUAAAUUUUAAGAUAUAACAGUGUGUUGUGUAACAUGAUACAAGAUCAAAGAGAAGAUGAAACUAUCGUCGUGGAUCUUGUACCUCCGCAGUAUCAGAUGAGCCCUCCACGCAGCCCGUCGCCGAAUAUAUCAAAGACUCCUGAGAAAGAUGCUACGGUAUCGCAACAGCAACCGUUAUCGUCGAUGGAUCCGAAUAUUAGAAGAUAUAGGACAGCAUUUACUCGGGAACAACUAUCAAGACUAGAGAAAGAAUUUCACAGAGAGAAUUACGUUAGCAGGCCUAGAAGAUGCGAAUUAGCGGCAGAAUUACAUUUGCCGGAAUCAACAAUCAAGGUUUGGUUCCAAAACCGUCGGAUGAAAGAUAAGCGGCAAAGGAUGGCCAUGGCGUGGCCAUACGCGAUGUACACGGAUCCAACGUUAGCGGCAACCCUCUUGGCAGCAGCAACAGCAAGUCUGCCACCUCCCUACCAUACAGCUCCGGGUCUACCACCUACUCAUCUGGGCCACAGCUACCCAACAGCGGCAGCUUAUUACGCCACAAGAUAUACGCCGUACCCUGCAGCAUCUACGGGCGCAUCUUCACUUCAUCGGCCACAUCCUCGCAACGCGGCUGCGUAUCCACAUCUCCUGCAGCCUCACCCUCCUCUACAACCCAUACAUCUACCGAACUUGGGCGUUUCUACAGUGGGAAAUACCGCCUUUCAAGUGAGCAACCCACCCACUAGCACGUCGACCACUUACAUGCCGACGCUGUUACCCGAGUCCUUGAGUCCAGUUCACUCGGACGCCUCCAGUGACUGCGACUGCGUCGGGGCUCAAAAUCAUCAUCCUCAUCACAACAACAACCAACAACCAAUACUCGAGAAAAGCUCGUCAUCCAAUAGCAACCAUACCACUCAACAGCAGAUCAAACUACCCACAGGUAUCAGUUUAUCUACCAGUAUUCAACUACCUCCCAAGCCGCCAUUAUUUCAACCAUAUACAAUGUGAGUUGAAAACAUUGGAAAGAGUGAAAUAGAUUAGACUCCGUUUAAGGAAUCAAUCGACUGAAAUUAACAGAACCUACAAUGUAUAUAAACAUCGGUUGAAACGAUGUAAUGGUACCUGCUGAGCACGGUUCAUUGUGUGAACAUAUGUAAAAUAAUCUUUGUACAUACGUAGAUAAGUGUUUAAGUGUUGAUUAGAGACUUUAAGUUAAUUUAAGACAUCAUUCGUUCGAUUUGGUUAUGACCGCUUUUAUUACAGAAAUAUUUUUGAGGGCGUUGAAGAAUAAUUACGAAUUCAGCAUUACACUACACUUAGGAAUCUAGUAUACUUGCCCUCUAACAAACUGUAAUUUUAUGAAUGUACAAUCGAUAAA